GGGUCAUUACUCAUUACAAGCUAGUGUUGGUAAGACUUUUGCAUUAGUUUGGCAAAUUGCUAGCUAGUGGUGUUGUUUGUGUUUGUUAGUGCUAUGGGGAGGCAACCUUGCUGUGACAAACUUGGGGUGAAGAAAGGGCCAUGGACUGCCGAGGAAGAUAAGAAGCUCAUAAACUUCAUUCUCACCAAUGGCCAGUGCUGUUGGAGAGCUGUGCCAAAGCUUGCUGGCCUUAGGCGAUGUGGCAAGAGUUGUCGCCUUCGUUGGACUAAUUAUCUUCGGCCUGACUUGAAGAGAGGGCUCCUCACACAAGCUGAGGAGCAACUUGUUAUUGAUCUUCAUGCUCGUCUUGGCAACAGGUGGUCCAAGAUUGCUGCUAGGUUACCCGGAAGAACAGAUAAUGAGGUUAAAAAUCAUUGGAACACCCAUAUCAAGAAAAAACUCCUUAAAAUGGGUAUUGAUCCAGUUACUCAUGAACCUCUCAAUAAACAAGCAACAUCUCAGGAUAGCUCAUCCUCCCCUUUGGAGCAUGUGCCACAACCUGGCAAUAAUAGCCUUGAUCAGGCCAAGGAAACUGAUGGGGUUCUCAAUUCAGAGGAGAAUUCAAGUUCAUCCCAAGCUGAAAAUUCUUCUGGGGAUGAUUCACUUUUGCUGGAUAGCAUUUGCAGUGACGACUCUCUAAUAGACACUUUGUGGCUGGAUGAAACUCCUCUGGUGGAAGCAUUAUGGGACACAACACCUAAAGUAGAGAAUACUAAUAGUAACAUGGGUUUGAUGCCAUCUUGGGAAGAUAAUUGUGCUUGGUUAUUGGACUGUCAGGACUUUGGUAUUCAUGAUUUUGGGUUUAACUGUUCCCAAGAUAUAGAGUGAAAUGCACUGCAAACUAUAGGAAUGAAGGAAGAUGGGCAUUAGCACGCAUGUAGUAUAUCUGAAGGGAUUAAUUAUCCACCAAACGAAAAUCAGGGUAAGAUAUCAAAUCUAUAAAUGUGACAAAAUACCACGGGCUCAAAUUUAGGUUCUUGGUGUUGGAUUUUAUCUACUUAGUAGUAUUCUACAGAAUGUUCUUGGAAGGUGAACGUUUCCUCUUAUGAGGUUCCUCGCCAACCAUAUCCCAAAAUUUGAUAGCAAACCAAAACCAAAUCAUCAAAAUCCCACAGUACGUACGUACGUACUUUCUUGUAAUUAAAUGUUGUAUUUAUGUGUACGGUAGGGACAAAACAAAUGGGAAAUGUCUAGUGAGUUGGGAAACAUAUUGUACAAAAGAAGUCUGUUUUGAAAAUAAUGGUAAAAUCUUUUGUGAUUAAUUACAAGUUCAGUUGUAUUAUUUCA